UCCCCCUCUAAAGAAUGCAUCGAUUUCAAACGAUAAAAACGGCGAUAAAAAAAGGUGGAAAUACAAGAUUAUUUUCAACAAAUGUUUGUUUAAGAAAGAUCCAGUCUACUCAGCCUCUACGUGCUAAACAAUCCUCUACCCCCGAACAAGUCAAGUAUCCGAUUGUCGACCACACUUAUGAUGCAAUCGUUGUAGGUGCAGGAGGUGCGGGUCUUCGUGCUACUUUUGGAUUAGCUGAAGCAGGAUUCAGUACAGCUUGUAUAACCAAAUUGUUUCCUACCAGAUCCCACACCGUCGCAGCUCAAGGUGGUAUUAAUGCCGCUUUAGGUAAUAUGACCAAGGAUGAUUGGCGUUGGCAUUUUUACGACACUGUUAAAGGCUCAGAUUGGCUUGGUGAUCAGGAUGCUAUUCAUUACAUGACUAAAGAAGCACCAGAAGCUGUUUUGGAGUUAGAACAUUUUGGUGUUCCUUUUUCUAGAACUAAAGACGGAAAAAUCUAUCAACGUGCUUUCGGUGGUCAAUCUUUGGAAUACGGAAAAGGUGGUCAAGCUUAUCGUUGCGCUGCUGUUGCUGACCGUACCGGGCACUCACUUCUUCACACUCUUUACGGACAAUCUCUUCGUCAUAACACCAACUUCUUUAUUGAGUACUUUGCCAUGGAUUUACUCAUGGAAGGUGAUGAAUGCCGUGGUGUCAUUGCUAUGAACCUUGAAGAUGGUAGCAUUCACCGUUUUAGAGCUCACAAAACCGUUCUAGCUACUGGUGGUUAUGGUCGUUCCUAUUUCUCUUGUACCUCUGCCCACACCUGCACUGGUGAUGGCAAUGCUAUGGUUUCUCGUGCCGGACUUCCUUUACAAGAUCUUGAAUUCGUCCAAUUCCAUCCCACAGGUAUUUACGGUGCUGGAUGCUUGAUCACUGAAGGUAGCCGUGGUGAAGGUGGUUUUUUGCUUAACAGCAAAGGUGAACGAUUCAUGGAACGAUAUGCUCCUACCGCUAAAGACCUUGCUUCUCGUGAUGUUGUUUGUCGUUCAAUGACUCUUGAAAUUCGUGAAGGUCGCGGUGUUGGCCCUGAAAAGGACCAUAUCUACUUACAACUUUCACAUCUCCCAGCUGAGAUCUUGAAGGAACGUCUUCCUGGUAUUUCCGAGACUGCCGCUAUUUUUGCUGGUGUUGAUGUUACUAAAGAGCCUAUUCCUGUCUUACCAACCGUUCACUAUAACAUGGGAGGAAUUCCCACCCGCUAUACUGGUGAGGUCCUUACAAUUGACGAGAAUGGAAAUGAUAAAGUUGUACCUGGUUUGUACGCUGCUGGUGAAGCUGCUUGCGUUUCAGUACAUGGUGGAAACCGAUUAGGCGCAAACUCUUUGCUUGACAUUGUUGUUUUUGGAAGAGCUUGUGCUUUACACAUCAAGGAUACUUUGGAGCCAAAUACUCCACACAAGCCCCUAGCUGCCGAUGCUGGCCUUGAAUCCUUGGAUUUCCUUGAUAAGGUCCGUACUUCACAAGGUCCCAUACAUACUAGUGAAAUUCGCCUCAAUAUGCAAAAAUCAAUGCAGAGAGACGUUUCUGUCUUCCGUACUGAACAAACUCUUGAAGAAGGUGUUAGAAACAUCGAAAAGGUUGACAAUACUUAUAGUGAACUGGGUAUUAAAGAUCGUGGUUUAAUUUGGAAUACUGAUUUAAUCGAAGCAUUGGAAUUGCGUAACCUUUUGACAUGUGCUGUUCAAACUGCCCAUGCAGCUUUGAAUCGUAAAGAAUCUCGUGGUGCCCAUGCUCGUGAAGAUUAUCCCGAAAGAGAUGAUGGAAAAUGGAUUAAGCAUACAUUAACCUGGCAAAAAAAUACGACUGACCCUGUUACCUUGAAAUACCGUGGUGUCGUCAAUACUACAAUGGAUGAAAACGAAGUUAAAGCUAUUCCUCCAUUUAAGCGUGUCUAUUAAGCGGCUUUUUUCCAGGAGAAUCAAUUGGAUUUAUCUAGUUAUUGAUAGUAUAAUUUUAAGUGUUCACCUGCUAUGAAAUCGAAAAUGUGAUUUAUGAUUCUUAUUUGAUUUGCUGGCGAUAAUCUGUAUAUCUUCAUUAGGGCAUUGAGUAGCAAGUAUAUAUAUGUAUCUAAAAGAAUAAGAAACAUAAAUGAUUUUGUAAACAAUUCAC